UACUGAUUAUUACGCGAUAGUUUAUGAAAUCACGAUUACUGUGCGUCGUAUCACUCCGUCGAUGAGCGAGCCAUGAUCCCAGCACAUCAUGGGAUUGUCACGAUGUCGACGGGGCGCCAUAAUGGUAUGCGUGUGUAUUGCGAAAUACUUUCUGAAAGCGAGUUAUUCCAUUAUUGUACCAUUUUACCCAGUAGUGGCACUUGACAAGGGCGUUGACCCGCUGACAGUGGGAUUUAUAAUGGCCAGCUUUGCUUUCGUUUCCUUCCUUAUAGCGCCUCCCCUCGCUAAAUCGAUUCCUAUUUUUGGUUACAAAUUCAUAUUUAUCCUGGGAGUCGGAGUUUCCGGUCUGGCAGCCCUGAUUUUCGGGCUGUUGUAUAUCAUUGAUAACACGAUAUACUUCACAAUAAUGAGUUUUAUUGUCAGAAUUAUCCAAGCAUUCGGCGUACAGGCAGGGAACACGUCCGUUGUCGUGAUUGUGUUCAAACUAUAUCCUGACAAUGUAGCCUUUGCUUAUGGCAUAACGCAAGUGUUUUCUGGUCUAGGGCUGAUUACCGGACCAACUAUUGGAGCAGCUCUUUAUACGGCUGGUGGUUACUUUUUGCCGUUUUUGGUACUCGGCGUCGUUCUACUUGUGAUCGCUCCGAUAUGUAUGUGUAUCCUUCCGCCCUCAGAAAUAGAAGACAAUAUAAGUAAAGGAAAUUGGUGUCCAUUAUUAGUGAUGCCGGGUAUUAUUUUAGCAAUGUUAAUACGUGUAGUGUCUGCUAUUGAGAUUACCUUCUUAGAUUCAACACUGGCGCUCGCACUUAUAAAUUUGAAUGUUACCUCUACUGGUUUGUUAGGAAUAUUAUUCCUGCUAACAGGCCUGGGAUAUGGACUGUCGGCGCCACUCUGGGGCUUGGCUGGGGAUAAGUGGGAUAUCAUCAAAGAAUUAAAUUUACUUGGUUUAGUGUUCGGAUCUGUGGGAUAUUUACUAAUUGGACCCAGUCCCAUACUUCAAGUGGACGCGAGCGUUGCUAUUAUGGCUACUGGUCUGACACUUAUGGGAAUUGGUGUCGGAGCUGUCAUUACAUUGGUGUCCGACAUGGUGACAAUCGCAAGUCAAAAUGGAAUAAAAAACGACAUUACGUUGUUUUCACUGGUAUCUGGACUUUAUUAUUUUGCUUAUAACUUGGGAAUGUGUAUUGGUCCGAUAAUGGGGUCUGGUUUAGCUGCUAAUUUCGGAUUCGCUUGGAGUUGUACCUAUGUGUCCAUUAUGGUGGCCGCGACGUUUCUGAUAUACGCCAUCUAUGUCGGUUAUAAUAGAUGUAAGGAGUGGCGGCAUGCCGAAAGGACACUUCAAGAAAAAGAGUUGGAGAUGAAUGGAAUGCCGACGGAAGCUAACGGGGACGUUACGUGGGACUAUGUAAGAGACGAUCACAGCGACUAUGACGAGGAGAAAAAUCCUUUUUAUACAGCACCAUUAAACUAUUCGUCUAUGAUGAAUGGAGACUCACGCUAAAGUUUCAAGACGAUGGCCAUAGUUGCCAUAGUAUCGUACUUGUAACCUAAAGGUGUUUUUUGGAUAAGAAUAUGCCACGUCAUGUUAUUUUGUGUACGUGCUCUGGACGAGGGUGGCGCACAUAACAACAUUGGCUUUGUAUUCUUCUUGGAUGAGUGCAAUUCAUCACGAAGUUAGUUUUCGCGAACGAGAAUCAUAGUAGGGAGUGGCCAUGAUAUACGACAUAAGACAGUAAAUAGGUUGUUCUGUAAGCGAAUAUGGUAACACAUGUAAAACAAUUAUUCUUGUAAAACAAAAAUACAAUCACACACAUAACUAAAUGAUUCUCUAUAAAUAUAUUAAUUUCAACAGUAAACACUGCCAGUCCGAUCAUUUUAAUUUGUCAAUUCUGUGGUGUAAUUAAAUAUUGUAAAUAAAUAAAAUAUUAAAGCUU